AUGUCCACCUGGGACAUCCAGAUUGAAUACCCCGCAGACUCUCCACGGGGCACAAUCACCUCUGUGACCCCGCGUGAACCCUCUACUAAGGAAGAUGUUGAGUCUCCUCUAGCAUUACCAGCCUUAACACACUCUCACAUUCACCUUGAUAAAGCCUUCAUCCACAGUACACCUGAAUAUGCUCCAUUUCUGCCUACAGCUGGCACUUUCCAGGAGGCGUUGUUCUCCACAACCAAGGCCAAACAACAAUUCAGCCAUUCUGAUCUCAUUAGAAGAGGGGAGUGGCUUCUUUCUGAGUUCGUUUGA